AUGCUUGUGUCCGGACGCACGCUGGACGUGGACGUGGACGUGGACGUAGAAAUGAACGUGGACGUGGACGUGGACGUGGACGUGGACAUGCACGUGCACGUGGACGUGGACGUGGACGUGGACGUGGACGUGAACGUGAACGUGGACGUGGUCGUGGUUGUGGACGUGGUCAUGGACGUGGACAUGGACGUGGUCGUGGUCGUGGUCGUGGACGUGGACGUGGUCGUGGACGUGGACGUUGUCGUGGACGUGGACGUGGAGGACGUGGACGUGGAGGACGUGGACAUGGACGUGGAGGACGUGGACGAGGACGUGGAGGACGUGGACGUGGACGUGGACGUGGACGUGGACCUGGACGUGGACCUGGACGUGGACGUGGACGUGGACGUGGACCUGGACGUGGACGUGGACGUGAACCUGGACGUGGACCUGGACGUGGACGUGGACGUGGACGUGGACGUGGACGUGGACCUGGACGUGGACGCGGACGUGGACCUGGACGUGGACGCGGACGUGGACGCGGACGCGGACGCGGACGUGGACGCGGACGUGGACGCGGACGCGGACGCGGACGUGGACGCGGACGCGGACGCGGACGUGGACGUGGACGUGGACGUAGACUUGGACGUGGACGUGGACGUGGACGUGGACGUGAACGUGGAAGUAGACGUGGACGUGGACGUAGAAAUGGACGUGGACGUGGACGUGGACGUGGACCUGGACGUGGACUUGGACGUGGACGUGGACGUAGAAAUGGAUGUGGACUUGGACGUGGACGUGGACCUAGAAAUAGAUGUGGACGUGGACGUGGACUUGGACGUGGACGUGGACGUGGACGUGGACGUGGACUUGGACGUGGACGUGGACGUGGACGUGGACAUGGACGUGGACGUGGACAUGGACGUGGACUUGGACGUGGACGUGGACGUGGACGUGGACGUGGACGUGGACGUAGAAAUGGACGUGGACGUGGACGUGGACGUGGACGUGGACGUGAACGUGAACGUGGACGUGGUCGUGGUCGUGGUCGUGGACGUGGACGUGGACGUGGACGUGGUCAUGGACGUGGACAUGGACGUGGUCGUGGUCGUGGUCGUGGACGUGGACGUGGUCGUGUACGUGGACGUGGAGGACGUGGAGGACGUGGACGUGGAGGACGUGGACAUGGACGUGGAGGACGUGGACGAGGACGUGGAGGACGUGGACGUGGACGUGGACGUGGACGUGGACGUGGACCUGGACGUGGACCUGGACGUGGAACUGGAUGUGGACGUGGACGUGGACUUGGAACUGGACGUGGACAUGGACGUGGACGUGGACGUGGACCUGGACGUGGACCUGGACGUGGACCUGGACGUGGACCUGGACGUGGACGCGGACGUGGACGAGGACGUGGACGCGGACGUGGACGCGGACGGGGACGCAGACGUGGACGCGGACGCGGACGCGGACGUGGACGUGGACGCGGACGCGGACGCGGACGUGGACGCGGACGUGGACGUCGACUUGGACGUGGACGUGGACGUGGACGUGGACGUAGAAAUGGACGUGGACGUGGACGUGGACGUGGACAUGGACGUUGACUUGGACGUGGAAAUGGACGUGGACGUGGACGUGGACGUGGACGUGGACAUGGACGUGGACCUCGACAUGGACGUGGACGUGGACCUGAACAUGGACGUGGACGUGGACGUGGACGUGGACAUGGACGCGGACGUGGACGUGGACGUGGACGCGGACGCGGACGUGGACGUGGACGCGGACGCGGACGCGGACGUGGACGCGGACGUGGACGUCGACUUGGACGUGGACGUGGACGUGGACGUAGAAAUGGACUUGGACGUGGACGUGGACGUGGACAUGGACGUGGACGUGGACGUAGAAAUGGACGUGGACGUGGACGUGGACGUGGACGUGGACAUGGACGUGGAAGUGGACGUGGACGUGGACCUGAACGUGGACCUGGACGUAGACAUGGACGUGGACGUGGACGUUGACGUGGACGUGGACGUGGACAUGGACGUGGACGUGGACGUGGACGUGGACGUGGACGUGGACGUAGAAAUGGACGUGGACGUGGACGUGGACCUGGACGUGGACGUGGACGUGGACGUGGACGUGGACGUGGACGUCGACAUGGACGUGGACGUGGAUCUGGACGUGGACGUGGACAUGGACGUGGACGUGGACGUGGACGUGGACGUAGAAAUGGACGUGGACGUGGACGUGGACGUAGAAAUGGACGUGGACGUGGACGUGGACGUGGACGUGAAGGUGGACGUGGACGUGGACGUAGAAGUGGACGUGGACGUAGAAAUGGACGUGGACGUAGAAAUGGACGUGGACGUGGACGUGGACGUGGACGUGGACGUGGAGGUGGAAGUGGACGUGGACGUGGACGUGGAAGUGGACGUGGACGUGGACGGGGAGGUGGACGUGGACGUGGACGUGGAGGUGGACGUGGACAUGGACGUGGAUGUGGACGUGGAGGUGGACGUGGACGUGGACGUGGACGUGGACCUGGACCUGGCAAGGACAUGGACGUGGACGUGGACGUGGACAUGGAAGUGGACACGUGGACGUGGACGUGGACAUGGACGUGGUUUGGACGAGGACAUGGACGUGGACGUGGACGUGGACGCGGACGCGGACGUGGACGCGGACGUGGACGUCGACUUGGACGUGGACGUGGACGUGGACGUAGAAAUGGACUUGGACGUGGACGUGGACGUGGACAUGGACGUGGACGUGGACGUAGAAAUGGACGUGGACGUGGACGUGGACGUGGACGUGGACAUGGACGUGGAAGUGGACGUGGACGUGGACCUGAACGUGGACCUGGACGUAGACAUGGACGUGGACGUGGACGUUGACGUGGACGUGGACGUGGACAUGGACGUGGACGUGGACGUGGACGUGGACGUGGACGUAGAAAUGGACGUGGACGUGGACGUGGACCUGGACGUGGACGUGGACGUGGACGUGGACGUGGACGUGGACAUGGACGUGGACGUGGACCUGGACGUGGACGUGGACAUGGACGUGGACGUGGACGUGGACGUGGACGUGGACGUAGAAAUGGACGUGGACGUGGACGUGGACGUAGAAAUGGACGUGGACGUGGACGUGGACGUGGACGUGGACGUGGACGUGGACGUGAAGGUGGACGUGGACGUGGACGUAGAAGUGGACGUGGACGUAGAAAUGGACGUGGACGUAGAAAUGGACGUGGACGUAGAAAUGGACGUGGACGUGGACGUGGACGUGGACGUGGACGUGGAGGUGGAAGUGGACGUGGACGUGGACGUGGAAGUGGACGUGGACGUGAACGGGGAGGUGGACGUGGACGUGGACGUGGAGGUGGACGUGGACAUGGACGUGGACGUGGACGUGGAGGUGGACGUGGACGUGGACGUGGACCUGGACGUGGACAUGGACGUGGACGUGGACGUGGACGUGGAAGUGGACGUUGACGUGGACCUGGACGUGGACGUGGACGUGGACGUGGACGUGGAGGACGACAUGGACGUGGACGUGGACGUGGACAUGGACGUGAACAUGGACGUGGACAUGGACGUGGACGUGGACGUGGACGUGGACAUGGACGUGGACGUGGACGUGGACGUAGAAAUGGACGUGGACGUGGACGUGGACGUGGACAUGGACGUAGACGUGGACGUGGACGAGGACGUGGACGUGGACGUGGACGUGCACAUCGAAAUGGACGUAGACAUGGACGUGGACGUGGACGUGAACGUGGACGUGGACGUGGACGUGGACAUGGACGUGGACGUGGACGUGGACGUGAACGUGGACGUGGACGUGGACGUGGACGUAGACAUGGACGUGGACAUGGACGUAAACGUGGACGAGGACGUGGACGUGGACGUGGACGUGGACGUGGACGUGAACGUGGACGUGGUCGUGGUCGUGGACGUGGACGUGGUCGUGGGCGUGGUCAUGGACGUGGACGUGGACAUGGACGUGGUCGUGGUCGUGGACGUGGACGUGGACGUGGUCGUGGACGUGGACGUGGACGUGGAGGACGUGGACGUGGACGUGGAGGACGUGGACGUGGAGGACGUGGACGAGGACGUGGAGGACGUGGACGAGGACGUGGAGGACGUGGACGUGGACGUGGACGUGGACCUAGACGUGGACGUGGAAGUGGACGUGGACCUGGACGUGGACCUGGACGUGGACCUGGACGUGGACGUGGACGUGGACGUGGACGUGGACGUGGACCUGGACGUGGACGUAGACGUGGACCUGGACGUGGACGUGGACGUGGACGUGGACGUGGACGUGGACGUAGAAAUGGACGUGCUUGUGCACGUGCACGUGGACGUGGACGUGCACGUGGACGUGGACGUGGACGUGGACGUGGACGUGAACGUGGACGUGGUCGUGGUCGUGGACGUGGACGUGGACGUGGUCGUGGACGUUGACAUGGACGUGGUCGUGGACGUGGACUUGGACAUGGACGUGGUCGUGGUCGUGGUCAUGGACGUGGACAUGGACGUGGAGGACGUGGACGAGGACGUGGAGGACGUGGACGUGGACGCGGAAGUGGACGUGGACGUGGACGUGGACGUGGACGUGGACCUGGACGUGGACCUGGACGUGGACGUGGACGUGGACGUGGAAGUGGACGUGGACCUGGACGUGGACCUGGACGUCGACAUGGACGUGGACAUGGACGUGGACAUGGACGUGGACGUGGACGUGGACGUGGACGCGGACGCGGACGUGGACGCGGACGUGGACGUGGACGCGGACGUGGACGUGGACGUGGACGUGGACGUGGACGCGGACGUGGACGUGGACGUGGACGCGGACGUGGACGUGGACGUGGACGUGAACGUGGACGUGGACGUGGACGUGGACGUGGACGUGGACGUGGACGUGGACGUAGAAAUGGACGUGGACGUGGACGUGGACGUGGACGUGGACGUGGACGUCGAAGUGGACGUGGACGUGGACCUGGACGUGGACGUGGACGUUACGUGGACGUGGACGUGGACGUGGACUUGGACGUGGAAGUGGACGUGGACGUGGACGUGGACGUGGACGUAG